AUGUGGGUUUUCGUGGUGAAUUCUCUUCCGUUAUCAAGCAAAUGGACCACUCCAUCUGCUCCCACGGAGACAAAUGAGGAGGCGAAUAAUGAUGUAGCAGUUGAUGCUACAGCAGAUUCACCUGAUUUCCCAAGCAGUGCAACUGCAGCAAAGAAGACGGCUAACUCUCUGAUCGAUAGCACGGACUUGCGCGUGAUUCUUUCCAUUCUGUAUGUUAUGGUCGAGACUGUGAGAGAUGGAAUGGUGAAUGAGCACCCGCAGUCUGUUGGACCGAUAAACUCCAACUCUUCUGGUGUUGUACGGGGUAUUGACACUGCUCCCAAUCCACCAUCGGACUCGUUGACCAAACUGCGCGAGCAGUUUUGUGAAGAGCUACUCUCACCUAUUGGAAAUGAUGAUGAAACCACCUUAACGGUCAUUCUGUUUGGCAUGGUGCAUCGAUUCUGUAGCGGUUUGGCUCCGCAUUUCCCGAUGAAGAAAGUUUUGCUUUUGCUAUGGAAGGUGCUUCUGGUCACUCUGGGUCCAAUCACUACGUUGUUUGCUCGCAAAAACGCCGCUCGUGCACGUUACAAUUUGCCUCCGCUUUUCGAGGAUUCAAAUCAAGUCAUUCGGCGGGUUCGUGCCAACAGCCCGCCGGGCACUUCAGCGGAUCAAAUCCUGUCUCGGAUUCCGCGCAACAAUAGCCGAUAUACAAUUUUCGGUCAGGGAAAUCAAGCACCCAGGCAAGGAAGUUUGGCCAGUGGUCGUUUGGGAUUACAACAGCAAGCACAGCAUUCGCAACAGACUUCCAACGCAUCAUCAGUCAACUAUCCGUUUCCAUCAAAUCAGUCUAGAGGUCGUCCAGUAGCCGCACCACCAGAUGUAUCAGCUUACGAGACCAGUGGCUUUGCCACACCUCGUCCCGGUUCUCCAGUGGGGUCGAGGUCACCUGGAGAUCCCACUGGAGGUGCGGAUACACCCAUGCCGGGAUCUGAAACCGUACCGAGUUCAGAUACGGAUGUGCAGAAACAACCUAUGCUGCAAGGUUUGAAUAACUUCUUCUCCCAUUCAAAAACCUUACCAUGGAAACCUAAAGUACGCAAGAAGGACUUGGAGGUAAGUGUGUGCUUGGUUGUCUGA